AUGAACCACUCGCCGCUUAAGACCGCCUUGGCCUACGAAUGCUUCCCCGACCAGGACAACUCGACCCUGGCUUUGCCGUCGGACCAAAAGAUGAAGACCGGCACGUCGGGCAGGCAGCGCGUGCAGGAGCAGGUGAUGAUGACCGUCAAGCGGCAGAAGUCCAAGUCUUCCCAGUCGUCCACCCUGAGCCACUCCAACCGAGGUUCCAUGUAUGAUGGCUUGGCCGACAAUUACAACAACUAUGGGACCACCAGCCGGAGCAGCUACUAUUCCAAGUUCCAGGCGGGGAAUGGCUCAUGGGGAUAUCCGAUCUACAAUGGGACCCUCAAGCGGGAGAAUGACAACAGACGCUUCAGCUCCUACAGCCAGAUGGAGAACUGGGGCCGGCACUACCCACGGGGCAGCUGUAACACAACGGGUGCUGGCAGUGACAUCUGCUUCAUGCAGAAAAUCAAGGCGAGCCGCAGCGAGCCCGACCUCUACUGUGACCCGCGGGGCACCCUGCGCAAGGGCACACUGAGCAACAAGGGCCAAAAGACCACCCAGAACCGCUAUAGCUUCUACAGCACCUGCAGUGGCCAGAAGGCAGUCAAGAAGUGCCCCGUGCGCCCACCCUCCUGCACCUCCAAGCAGGACCCGGUGUGCAUCCCACCCAUCUCCUGCAAUAAGGACCUGUCCUUUGGCCACUCGAGGGCCAGCUCCAAGAUCUGCAGUGAGGACAUUGAGUGCAGUGGGCUGACCAUCCCCAAGGCCGUGCAGUACCUGAGCUCCCAGGAUGAGAAGUACCAGGCCAUCGGGGCCUAUUACAUCCAGCACACCUGCUUCCAGGAUGAAUCGGCCAAGCAACAGGUCUACCAGUUGGGAGGCAUCUGCAAGCUGGUGGACCUCCUGCGGAGCCCCAACCAAAACGUCCAGCAGGCUGCGGCCGGGGCUCUGCGUAACCUGGUGUUCCGGAGCAUCACCAACAAGCUGGAGACCCGGAGGCAGAAUGGGAUCCGAGAGGCUGUCAACCUCCUGAGGAGAACUGGGAGCACGGAGAUCCAGAAACAACUGACUGGGCUGCUCUGGAACCUGUCUUCCACGGAUGAGCUGAAGGAAGAGCUCAUCGCCGAUGCCCUGCCUGUGCUGGCCGACCGGGUCAUCAUCCCCUUCUCCGGCUGGUGUGACGGCAACAGCAACAUGGCCCGGGAAAUAGUGGACCCCGAGGUCUUCUUCAAUGCCACGGGCUGCUUAAGGAAUCUGAGCUCUGCCGAUGCAGGCCGCCAGACCAUGCGAAACUACACGGGGCUCGUUGAUUCCCUUAUGGCCUAUGUCCAGAACUGCGUGGCCGCCAGCCGCUGCGAUGACAAGUCUGUGGAGAACUGCAUGUGCAUCCUGCACAACCUCUCCUACCGCCUGGACGCCGAGGUGCCCACCCGCUACCGCCAGCUGGAGUACAACGCCCGCAAUGCCUACACCGAGAAGUCCUCCACCGGCUGCUUCAGCAACAAGAGCGAUAAGAUGAUGAACAACAACUAUGACUGCCCCCUUCCGGAGGAAGAGACCAACCCCAAGGGCAGCAGCUGGUUGUACCACUCAGAUGCGAUCCGCACCUACCUGAACCUCAUGGGCAAGAGCAAGAAAGACGCCACCCUGGAGGCCUGCGCUGGUGCCCUGCAGAACUUGACCGCCAGCAAGGGGCUGAUGUCCAGUGGCAUGAGCCAGCUGAUUGGGCUCAAGGAAAAGGGUCUGCCCCAAAUCGCUCGCCUCCUGCAAUCUGGCAACUCGGACGUGGUGCGGUCCGGAGCCUCCCUCCUGAGCAACAUGUCCCGCCACCCCGUGCUGCACAGAGUGAUGGGGAACCAGGUGUUCCCAGAGGUGACCAGGCUCCUCACCAGUCACACUGGGAACACCAGCAACUCGGAAGACAUCCUGUCCUCGGCCUGCUACACUGUGAGGAACCUGAUGGCCUCGCAGCCACAGAUGGCCAAGCAGUACUUCACCAGCAGCAUGGUCAACAACAUCAUCAACCUGUGCCGCAGCAGUGCCUCGCCCAAGGCCGCAGAAGCUGCCCGCCUCCUCCUGUCUGACAUGUGGUCCAGCAAGGAGCUACAAGGUGUCCUCAGACAGCAAGGUUUGGAUAGGAACAUGCUGGGAUCCUUAACUGGGCCAAACAGCUUCAGGAACUUCACUUCCCGAUUCUAAAAAGGUGCUACUCAAGCAAGUACAGAUUGCAGAAAUGAUGUGACCCAGCUGAGAAGACUUCAGGCCUUGCUGGAGGGUGACUCUGUCCCCCUGGGCAGUGUUUGGAAAAGUUCAAAUGCAGUUGAAAGGAAACCUGAAAACUGUGGA